GAACGGCCAGCCGCCUGCUUUUGGAUGUGUUUAAACCAGUGGCCACCUUCUUAACCCAGACACGGAAACUCUGUCCUGAUUUUGAAUUUCUCCGUCAGAUUUGUUUCUCCAGACCACGGUGGCAAUCCAAAAGGAACUGAAAUGGACAAACCACUAGAGGGAAGUAAUAAGACAGCCCACAAUAGCGCAGACUGGAUUUAGACAAGUGCUGGGUGUCUGACAUCAAGCUUCUCAAUCUCCAUGAGAUAUUCCAGUCCAACACAGAAGAAAACAAAGACCACUCCUGGAGGGAUGUCGAGAUAUCCAUGCCCUGCAAAUCGAGAACCAGUAGGAUGCCCACUUUAUCAGUGGAGAAAUAGCCUGAUCUGCCAGAAGCCAUCAUCUUAAUAUGAGAGUACAGAGAUCUAUGAAGAUACCUCCUCCUACCAGCUCAGAUACUGACAUCUUAGUGGGAGUGGCAGGCUUGGAAAGUUUAGCAACAUUCACUGAAAAGAAAGUUGGGGAUGUGGCAGUGUUGAAGACAAAACAAAGAUAUGUCUACUAUUUGAUUACAAAAAAGGCAGCCUAUCAAAAGCCAACUUAUGAAAAUCUGCAGAGCAGCCUGGAAGCAAUGAAGGAACAUUGCCUGAAACAUGGAAUCUCGCGGAUCUCAAUGCCCAGGAUUGGAUGUGGACUGGACCAACUGAAGUGGGAGAGAGUUUCUAAAAUAAUUCAAGAGGUCUUUAAGAAUACUGAUAUCAUCAUCACUGUGUACUCUUUGGAAGCGCCUGCUAAGCUUGCCACCUACACUAAACGAUAGUCUACUUUUAAUAGGAAAUAAAGUGAAGCUGGGUGUUUGAAUUAGUGCUUUCACUACUGUGGCUUUCAAAUUGUUUCAUUUGGCAGAAAUAACUAUUUAGGUGAAUUCACUUAUAAAUGAUUUUUGGUGCAUGGGGAAAAAAAUCUUGUAAAGGAUUGUUCUAACCUGCUAGGAAGUACAUCAGACAAAGAUAUCCAAUACUCGCUCUGGGAAAGGCCUACUGAACCCAUUGGACAUUGAGAAACUGCUGGUGGACCUUCUCCUGAAUCAGGACUCCGACAGCAGGAUAUCUGUCCUACUGAGAGCUUCUAGUGGUACAGAUUAGGAGGUAGCAGCAAUUCUGUUCAGCAAUGUCACUGGAUAUGUGAUGGCAACUGCUGGAAUGCCAUCCUUAGACCCAGGAUUGUGUAAGCCCACAAGUAAUAAAUGAUGGGGGACACAGGGCAGGGACUGUGCUGAUCAUUGACAGCAAGGAUAUUUGUGCAACAGGGAGGUUAAUCCAGUUCUCCUCACUUUGUGGGGGGAGGGGUGCUCAUCUGGUUAAGUGCCCUAUUUCCCAAAAUAGUGAGGGCAGUGAAUCCUCAAGGAUGCCUGUUUUUCAUCAGCCAGUUUGACCAAAAUCUCCAAGAAUUAUUUAUUUUCUAUGGAUAGGCAUUCACCCACUUUUAAUGCAGAUUGUUUAUCAAGUAGACAAAUCUUGCUUUGUGAAAAUAUAGUUAGCCAGCUCACUGUCCUUGGUGUCUAAACUUAUGAUUUCUCAUCACUUAAGCAUUUACAUUUUUUUUAAAUAAAUUUCAAGUUCAUUGGAAAGUGAUUUAAUAAAACGUGCAGAGCAAUAUUUAAUGGCGUGCAGUUGUAAACUUAAUUCUGGGUGACUCAAGGAUACAAAAAUGUUCAUCAAACAUUAGUCCAUUUGUUCAGGAGCUAAUUUUUCUACAAGGUAAUAAAGCAAUAAUGCUAACAGUCAAGCAGGUUGUUUAUUCAUUGACAAGAUUAGAGUGGUGUUGGAAAAGCACAGCAGGUCAGCCAGCACCUGAGCAGGAAAAUUGACAUUUUGGGCAGGAGACCUUCAUUGCUCAUUCCUGAUAAUUCUUCCCCCCACCCUUAGGGUGAAUGUACUGUCUUUAUCCAGGGUUGGAGAAUAAAGGUCUAGAGGGCAUCGGUUUAAAGUUAGAGGGGAAAGAAUAAAAGGGUACCUGAGGGGCAACUUUUCU